UCGUAUUAGCCGAAAUCGCAGUUUCCAAAUUCCAAUAUUGUCCCAAGCAAAGCCCGGAAACUGACCCAACUUUUACAGGGACUCUGAUCUCUUCGGCGACCCUAAAAACGUCCAAACACACCAAUCUUCCACGACCCACUUCCCCCGAUCGCUCUCUCUUUCCUCCUCUUUGUUUGGGAUCCAAGAAAAUUACAAACCCCCCUUUUUAUUUUCCCUUUCCUCAAUUUCAAUUUCAAAGCCAAACAACCUGAACUUAGCUUAUUAUUGCUAAAGAACAAAAAUCAAAUUACUUGUUUUUAUAUAGAGCUUCAACGGGGUUGUCCUAGUCUUUUCCUUUUCUUUUUUUAAUCAAAUUAAGAUUAUCCAUUUGCAUUUGGAGGGUGUAGUGUACGUGAUAUGCGUAUUUAAACCAAUCUCCUAUGAUAUGUAAAUAGCUUUCUGGGAAUGUGCCCUAUACACUACCCAGUAAGCGUUCUUAAAAACUUUUGGCCAUAUGUGCUUUAGUUCCCCAACUUUGUCAUGCACCCUUGUAUUUUCUGGGUUAUUGAUGCAAAGUAUGUGCGGAAACUAGUGCAAUGGCAACAUCUGGCAAGUUUGACAUCUCUGGUAGCCCAGAUAGACCUUUAUAUAUCGGUGGGCAGCGUGGAUCCCACAUAGCACCUUCAUUGGACAAAUCGGGUAGCUUUCGUGAGAGCGUAGAUAAUCCAAUUUUGUCUUCACUUCCGAACAUGUCAAGAAGCGCCUCAGUAGCACAUGAAAAUUUGCUGGAUUUCUUUCGUUGCAUACGGUUCGAUGCAAAGGUUGUGGCUGCAGAGCAUAAAUCUCUCCGUCAAGGGGACUUUAAACGACAUAUAAAUGUUGCUUUUGGAGUUUCACCAGAUGAAUCUCCAUCUGGUUCUACAAAAGGAAAGAUGCUUCCAUCUCCAUCACCAGAAGAAAUCAAACGACUUAAGAGUAGUUUGCGUGAAAGCAAUGUCAAGGCCAGGGAUCGAGUGAAAAUUUUCAACGAAGCUUUAUCAGUAUUCAAUAAAUUUUUCCCAAAUGUACCAUCUAAAAAGAGAUCCCGAUCAGAAGGUUUUCCUAGUGAUCGGUCUGGUGCAGUGUUGUCAAAUGACCGGUCAGGUUUAGGGACAAGCAUGGGUAAGAUAGGAAUUCAAAACCAUUCCAUUCCAGGUAGUUUUGAACUUGAGCAGCAUAAGUCAGAAGAAAGGACCAAAACUGCUCUUCCAAACAAACGCACCCGGACUUCUUUUGCAGAUGCUAAGAUGGAUGGGCGGAGUAACACUCUGCUCAGGCCGUCUGGUGUUGUAGAUAGGGAUAGAGAAAUGUUGAGGCUUGCAAAUAGUGGUGCAGUACAGGGUGAAGAUAGGACCUUAUCUAUUGGAGUUGAUGGCUGGGACAAAUCAAAAAUGAAGAAGAAGCGUUCUGGGAUAAAACCAGAUGUUUCUCCUAGUACUGUAUCAACUAAACCGAAUGAUGGCUACCGGGAAACCAAACAAGGAAUGCAACAAAGACCAAUUACUGAUGCUCGAUCAAGGUUAAAUAUCGAAUCACAUGGCUUUAGGCCAGGAUUAAACAGUGGUGUUGUUGGAGUUGGAAAAUCAGAUGUAAUGUCACAACAGACUGGCUUGGGCAUCCGUUCAUCCCUCCCUAGGACCGAUCCAGAUAACAGUUCUCUUAUCAAUGAUAAGAGAGAUCGUCAUAUUGGUUCAGAUAAGGAAAGGGUGAACCUUAGAGCUGUUAAUAAGGCAAAUGUUCGUGAUGAUUUAAAUUCAGCUAGUCCUCUUUCAAAUGCAAAAGUAAAUGCAACUGUUCGGGCUCCACGAUCAAAUACAGGAGUUGUGCCUAAGUUAUCUCCUGUUGUUCAUAGAGCAACUGCUUCCAAUGACUGGGAAAUUUCUCAUUGUACAAACAAACCCCCUUCUGGUGUUGGUGCUAAUCGAAAACGGACGGCAUCCACAAGAUCUUCCUCUCCACCUGUCCAUUGGGCAGGCCAAAGACCACAAAAGAUCUCUCGUACUGCAAGACGAUCAAAUUUUGUUCCUAUCGUUUCAACUAAUGAUGAAACUCCUGCCAUGGAUAGCCCAUCUGAUGUUAGUAAUGACCAUGGUUUGGGAUAUGCAAAACGCAUGCCGGGCAGUUCUCCUCAGCAGGUUAAGUUAAAAUGUGAACCACUGUUGUCAGCUGCCUUAUCGGAAAGUGAGGAGUCAGGGGCUGCUGAAAUAAAGUCUAGAGACAAAGGAAAAAAAUGUGAUGAUUUAGAUGAGAAAGCUGCACAGAAUAUCCAAAAAGUGUCACCCUUGGUGUUGUCAUCAAGAAAGAAUAGACCUGUUACUGGGGAAGACCUUGGGGAUGGUGUUCGGAGGCAGGGGAGGACUGGGCGAGGAUUUGCUUCAACGAGGUCACUUAUGCCAAUGGGAGUAGAGAAGAUAGGCAAUGUGGGAACAGCAAAACAGCUUAGAAGUGCCAGACUUGGUAUAGAGAAGACAGAAAGUAAACCGGGUCGUCCACCAACUAGAAAACCUUCCGAACGCAAAACCUAUACACGCCAAAAGAAUACAGUUAAUGUAGCUGCAGAUUUUCUUGUUGGGUCAGACGAUGGACAGGAAGAGCUUUUGGCUGCUGCAAAUGCUGCCGUUAAUCCUGGCCGUGCCUGUUCCAGCCCAUUUUGGAAGCAGAUGGAGCCUUUUUUUGGUUUUAUUUCUGAUGCAGACAUUACUUACUUGAAGCAACAGGGAAACAUUGAAUCAACUGCACAGACUGCUACCCAAGCUCCCUCAAGCGUAGAUGCUUGCAAUAAUGUGCCUAAUGGAUUUGGGUUAACUGAAUCUGAAUCAAGGAAUGAUGAAUUCCUUUCAGAACAAUUAAUAUCAGGAACAGGAGAUCAUACUGAAAUUCCCCUUUGUCAAAGACUCAUAGCCGCACUGAUUUCAGAGGAGGAUUAUAGCACUGGCAAUGAAGAUCUGAAAGUUGAUGAAUAUCAACCUGAACUUGAUCUGGAUGGAGAGUUAGGAUCAAAUAGUUUGGAUCACCAAUCAUUACUUAACUUUCAGUUUGCUGGGAAGGCUGCAUUUAAUGGUUAUAGGAUAAAUGUGCAAUCAGAACACAAUGAGCUGGAAACUGAUAUGGCUGACAUUCCACACAAGACAAUGAACUCGAACUUGAGUCAUUCAUUAAAUGGCUUACUACCUGACCAAGCGAUGAUAGCUAACAGACCCUGCUCAGAAUUUCAAUAUGGAAUUAUGCCUUUGAAUGAGAAACUUCUCUUGGAGAUUCAAAGCAUUGGAAUUUUUCCAGAAUCAGGGCCUGGCAUAUCACAUAUAAGUGAUGAAGAAAUCAGUCAGGAGAUAAGUAAAUUUGAGGAGAAGUAUCAUGAACAGGCCCUUAAAAGGAAAGACUUGAUGGAUUCGCUGUUGAAGUCUGCCUCAAUAACAAAAGACCAUCAAGAGAAGGAGUUUGAACAAUGCGCUCUUGAGAAACUUGUCACAAUGGCCUAUGAAAAGUAUACGGCUUGUUGGGGUCCGAAUACUAGCGGGAAGAGUUCAAGUAAUAAAAUGGCCAAGCAAGCUGCUUUAGCAUUUGUUAAGAGGACAUUAGAACAAUGUCAUAAGUAUGAAGAGACAGGAAAGAGCUGCUUUAGUGAACCCUUAUUUAAGGAUAUCUUUCUUUCGGGGUCUAACAUCAAUUAUGCUCGACAAGCUGAUUCUGCAACAGAGGGUGAAUCAAGCAAAGGAUAUGCUUCCAUCCGGCAUUUGGAAGGCAGAGUUUCAGCUUCCAUGGGUUCACAUCAGAGCCCGUCACAGUUCAAUCAGAAUGUUGAUAACCACGAUAUUUCUUCAGAUGUAAAUCACUUAUCUGAACAAACUAUAGGGAAAGAAGAUAUGUGGUCAAACAGGGUGAAAAAGCGGGAAUUAUCACUAGAUGAUCUUGGAAAUACAAUUGGCACUUCAAUUACUCCAGUCAUGGGAACAUCUCUAUCAAGCAGUGCUAAAGGAAAAAGGAGUGAGAGGGAUAGAGAUGGAAAAGGGCACAAUAGAGAGGUGUUAUCUAGAAAUGGAAAUGCCAAAAUAGGGCGUCCUUUAUCGAAUGCUAAGGGUGAAAGAAAAUCUAAAACAAAGCCUAAGCAGAAAAUGACUCAGCUAUCUGUUUCAGUAAAUGGCCUCCUUGGCAGGACAUCUGAGCAAGUCAAAUCAGCAAUGCCUUCUAUGUCAAGGUCAAACGAAAUGACUAGGACCAACAAUGCCAAGGAAAAGAAUGACUUUGGCUUAGAUGUAUUGGAUGAACAUGAGCCUCUUGACUUGUCUCACCUUCAAAUACCAGGAAUGGAUGUACUGGGUGUACCUGAUGAUCUUGAUGGUCAAGGGCAGGAUUUGGGUACAUGGUUGAACAUUGAUGAUGAUGGUUUACAAGAUCAUGACUUUAUGGGCGGCCUUGAAAUUCCAAUGGAUGACCUCUCAGAAUUAAAUAUGAUGGUUUGAAGCUUUCCUGUAUAGACUUGUUCAUUAUACUAUUGACCAACAAAACAAAACUGCUGUUGUCAAGAAAUGACCAGUUAUAUGUUAGUCAUUUGGCUCUCCUGUCAACAAUUAGUUUAUAUAGAUUCUUUUUUUUAGGCUCCUGCAUAAGUUAAUUUUUGAGUGAACCUUUCGGAUGUUUUUUCUUUUAUUCUUCUGUAUUAAGUUGGUGACUUCGACUGUAAAGUUCUUUUUGUUCAAGGUACAAGUUAGUACGUCUUAGUGAUUAUAUCUUAGCAAACAUGUAUCCUCGCUGUAGCUUUUAAAAAUCAGAGAACAAUGCCUCUUGUAAAUAUAUUUCAUAAUCCUAAUAAAAUCAGCUUUUUGUUCAA